AUGUGUUGGGCUAUUGCCAAGCGCAGCAUGCGCUUCAUGUGCGUCACGCCGAUGCCAGCGUGUGUCGACAGGCUACCGGAUGCCCUGAACUCGACAUCAAUCACCGGUGUCGAGACCAACGUGGACUAUGUUGCCCAAACCAUCGCGUCACCAGAGUUCAGGGCUGGGAAUUUCACCACAAAAACACUGGACACCUUUCAAUACCAGACCACCGCCGUUGAAAUCGUCGAGCCGGGCCCAGGAACGACAAUUCAGGACUACCCUGGUCGAGCCGGCUACUGGCAUGUGGGCAUUCCCUCGUCCGGUCCAAUGGACAGUUACUCCCUUCGACUGGCAAACAGGCUUGUCGACAACGAAGAAGGCGCCGCGGGACUUGAAUGUACCACUCAGGGGCCGACAUUGCUGUUCCACUGCGAUGCGGUUGUUGCUGUGGCCGGGGCUCCGGCUCAUGUCUCAGUUGACGGGCAGAGGGUUGAGUCUGCCAAAGCGAUCCAGGUCCGAAAGGGCGAGACGCUUUCCGUAGGCCAGCCCACUUCUGGAUGCCGUUGUUACAUUGCCUUCCAAGGUGGAGGUCUUCGUGUGCCCAAGGUGUAUGGCAGUCGGUCAACGUUUCCCCUUGGAUGA